AUGUUUAAAAUCAGCUUUGUCAACACCUUACUGAUCACGUUAUGUCCACCUGUACGACAUCAAACAAGAUCUCUGAAGGCUCGAGGAUCACGCAACGUGGAGAUAGAGAAGCCCUACAAGUCUGGUAAAACCAUACCUACACCAAGGGAAGCCGAGAGAGAGAUCAGCAGUGUCCUACGAUGGAGGCCAAUGAAUCGUGUGAUCCUUAGUACUAAUUCUUGUUAUUCAACUCUAGAAAGCGAUUUCCAAGGGUCCCCUUCUCUGAGGGCAUAUCCUCUCAUCUCCGUCAUCACCAGGCAGCCCUCCGUGGUCCCUCACCUUGUCCCAGCUGCCACCAGCUCCCGCGUGCUGCCAGCCCAGCCCUCCUCGGGGACUUCAAGCUCGGAGGUAGCUGCCAGCGAGACCCAUGCCAGCAGUGAGUCGGAGGCAGAGCAGCCCACGCCGCGGUUAAAAAAGCCACGCCGGAGCAGGACCAUCUUCACAGAGCUCCAGCUGAUGGGCUUGGAGAAGAAAUUCCAGAAGCAGAAGUAUCUGUCUACCCCUGACAGGCUUGACUUAGCCCAGUCGUUGGGGCUGACUCAGCUCCAGGUGAAGACGUGGUACCAGAACCGUAGGAUGAAGUGGAAGAAAAUGGUGCUGAAGGGUGGACAGGAGGCUCCAACAAAACCCAAAGGCCGUCCAAAGAAAAACUCCAUUCCCACCUCGGAGGAAAUCGAAGCAGAAGAGAAAAUGAACAGCCAGGCUCAGAGUCAGGAGCUGGAGGGAUCUCAAGCCCCUGAGGAGCCUAAACUGACAGAGGAGAAGCCAGAAGUCUCUUUGGAGACCGAGAAGUCUCCAGAACAUAUACCAGAGCCCUCCUCAGAGGAGACUACACCACUAAGUUAA